AUUUGUUGGGUAUACUCAUAAGGCGGUAAAGAGGAGCAGAGACAGAAAUUGUUGAUGAUGGAAUCUGAUGCAAAAGAUGAAGAGUUGGGAGGUUAUAACAGCAACAAUAUGAAGAAGGCUAGAUUGAAUUCAACAUUAGCUGCUCUUCUUGAUGAUCCCGUACUUGCCGAUGUUCCUAAGAAACCAACAUUAUCCGACGUGGACACCCUUAUCAGCCUCGAAUUGGGCAGCGCUAUGCGCAUCUCCGUUCUCAAAUUGGAUGGCACUUCCUUUGACGUGGCGCUGAUGAAUUCGGCUACAGUGAAAGAAUUGAAACUUGCAAUUAAGAAAAAAGUGAACGAAAUGGAGCAGUCCAAAAUGGGUCAUCGCCACAUUUCGUGGAAGCACGUCUGGAAAAAUUAUUGCUUAUCUCACCAAAAUCAGAAGCUACUCGAUGAGAACUCUGCACUUGAGGAUUUUGGCAUACGUAACAAUUCUCAGGUCCAGUUUGUAGCCUAUGUCAUGUCAAAAGCUUCUGGGAAGCAUUCAAAGAGGAGAAAACACCGUUUCUUUCAUGGUCUUAACAAGCGUGCCUGAAUAAUCUGAUUUGUUGUACUACUCAUUACUUGGAGAUCUUUUUCCCAUAGACAAAACAUGCCAAAUUUCUUGCCUUUUUGGUCCAUUGUUUAUAGAAACUAUCUUUCUUAUUGUCAAAGCUGAAACGACCCUGUU